AUGAUGAUCAGCAACUCCACCCUCGUCCUGUGGACUGCCUUCGCAAUCUGGUACGUACUACUUGCUCGGCGCUUUGUGCCUGUCAAGCUCAUGCGUGUAUGGUUUCUGUUGGUUAACCUUUUCACGAUUCUGCCAGUGUCAGCGGUGACGAAGGUUAUUGCGCAGCUGGGACGCCUCGGUGUGCCAACACACCACGUGCAGCGUCUGUGCAUCAUACCGCUGGUUUUAGCCUUCCGCACGGUGUCGUGGCUUAACCCGCAGAUCCGCAUGCGCCUCCGCUUUCACUGUGAUGAGAAGUGCAGGCAACUAUCGUGGAGGGACAUUCCCCUGCAUAACUGCGCGUACGUCGGCAACCACACCUCCUUCUGGGACGUCUACGCCUUCAUUGUACUGACACCGCUGAGGCACAUCCUCAACACGCGCACACUGAUGAAGUCGUCGCUGCGCAAAAUCCCGAUCUUCGGUGGCAUCUUCGACCGUGUCGGGCACUUUCCAGUGCACUUCAAGUCGGACUCGGCCUGUAGCUUUGAGGUGGACAAGGAGCGGCAAGCGCAGGUGCAGCAGGCGAUCGACGCCCACCUGCGCCUCGGCGGCAGCCUCGCAGUGUUCCCUGAAGGCGCCAUCAACAAACACCCGCAGGUGCUGCUGACGUUCCGCUACGGCACCUUCGCCACCAUCAUCAAGCAUCGCAUGGAAGUCUACUACAUGGUCUCUGUUGGCAGCGAGAAGACGUGGCCGUUGGGGAUGCUUUAUGGUGGGCUACCGGCAGACAUCUACAUCCGCAUUGGUGCCUACCCGAUCGACUACGACAGAGACUCCAGCAAAAGCCUCGCGGUGGGGCUGCAGAAGCGCAUGCAGGAGGUGCGGGACGAGAUCGCAGCGGAGGUGGCCGCCGCGGAGGAGGCGGAGCGGCGGCGCAGGGGUCUGGUGUCGGAGGCGAAGGAGACGAUCAUACGGAGCGUUAAGCCGCUCCGCGCUCCUCGUGAAGCCCAUGCGGCAACCUUGACGGCAUAA